AGUUCUGGCUUACAAAACUCCACUCUGACAAUCAAAACUAGGUCGGAUAGCGGCGACGCACCAAAGCAUCAUAUUACAGUAAAGCAGCGAGUGUUGUGUUUCCAAACACGCAUGUUCCGUGCUGCUUUUCAGAAUGGAUCAAGUUAAUUCAGGUCUUCACCAGCAGAUACCCACAACAUACAGACAAUUGCAGCCACAAGCAGAACAAGCUCUCCAGCAUGGCCAACCUCAUCUUCACCACCACACUCUUACAUCCCAGGCAGGACUCGAUCUGUCGGGCUUGGUCCAAGAUGAUAACAAUUCUGUCUAUCACCCAGACUUGAGAAGCUUGCAGGAUCCAAAUGCAGGACAUCCUAUUGCUCAUCAGUAUCCUUCUCCAAUCCCUUUCGAAAGAAAUAAUGGACACCCUCAAAUGCAUGUCCAGAAUCCUGGCAUUCAAAAUACUGGACUUCAAAAUAGCAUUCAAAAUAAUGGCAGCCCCCAUACCCCUCAACAGCAACAUCCUGGACCAGGACAAUUCGGAAUCUUGACUGCAGGUCCUUCUCUUCAUCAUAACCCAAUCGGCAGAUUGCAGCAAGGUUUGCCCCAAGAUUUGCAGCAAGAUGAUAAUUUAUUUGGCACACCCGAUGAAACAGAUCAGAAAAGCAUUGGACAUCAUUCUCACAAGAUUGUGCCCAAUCCUCCAGAUUUGGCGGCAUGGAGAGAGAAGUUAUUCAAUGUCAAUGAGAUGAUCACUUUGAGUGAAGAAGAGUAUAAUACGUAUUUUCCUCAUGUCGACAACGUUUACUCUCAUCGGUCGACUCAAAAGUACAAGCGCAAGCCAUUUGUUUCUCACUACUGGGAUUGUCGUCUCAAAGGUAGGCCGCCAGGAACUGCCAAAUCCGAUGAUCCAAACAAAAAGAAGCGAAAGCGCACUGCGCGAGAAAGAGAUCUUUGCGAUGUCAAAAUCAAGAUCACAGAGUACUUCCCGGGUGCUAUGUUACGGGCAGAUUUUCAACCAGAUGGAGGCGCAUCGGCAGAUCCAUCCCAAGCGAACAACUUUUUUGCGCAAGCUGGACCUCAUCAACAACAAUUUGCCCUUCCUCUCAACAAUAUCAAUAUCCCGCCAAAUCAUCCAGGCGCCACAGGCCAGCGAUACUAUGAAAUCCAGCGUGUCAAUGGAAACGGGGGCAAUGGCAAGGGUGAUGGCGUUGCGGGACCUCACAAGCAUGAUCUGGCGAGAAGUGAUGAGAUCAAAAAGAACAGUAUUCUUCGAUUUCUCCAAAAGCGAGAGAAGGAGGACAAAAAGACCCAGAAAACUUAUCACAAGAGAGCCAGUGGUCUAGCCUUGAGUACCGUGAAGAAACAUACCAAGGAGAAUGAUUUGAAGCUAUUUGGCAGUUGCUUUUGCCCUUUUGUUCAACGAGUUUGGAUUGCUUUAGAAGCCAAAGGUAUUCAGUAUCAAUAUAUUGAAGUUGAUCCAUACAAAAAGCCUCAAUCUUUGUUAGAGGUCAAUCCCAGAGGAUUGGUUCCUGCUAUUCGUCAUGGAGAUUGGGGCUGUGGUGAAAGUACUGUUUUGAUGGAAUACAUCGAAGACCUUCAAACCGGCCCACCUCUAUUUCCCCAGGAUGCGCGAGCUAAAGCUCAUAGCAGACUUUGGGCCGACCACAUGGAUCGUAAAAUUGUCCCCACAUUCUACGCACUCCUCCAAUCACAAAACUAUGAAAAGCAAGAAGAAUUGACCGCAAAACUUCGCGAUGAAAUCUCUCAGAUUGUAGACGUAUGCGAUCCUCAGGGUCCAUUUUUUCUCGGUCCAACGCUCACUUAUACCGAUGUUCAUUUUGCACCAUGGAUUCUCCGUUGCCGUCGUGUUCUUAAGCAUUAUCGAGAUUGGCAAGAUCCGCAACCGGGUAGUCGUUGGGCGAUCUGGUUUGAUGCGAUUGAGAAUAACGAGUUUGUCAAGGCGACGACCAGUGCAGAUGAAUUGUACAUUGAUUCUUAUGAGAGAUACGCGAUGAAUAGACCGGGAACAAGUGAGCUAGCGGAUGCGGUAAAUGGGGGUUUCAAUUUACCUUAGGAGCCCUUGGGGUGGGGUUUGGGAUGGAGUGGAAUGGAAUGGAGAGUGUAAAUAUGGUGGGGGAUGGGAUGAACCAAGAUAGAUGGGGUGGGAAAGGUAAUGAUUUUCUGUAAUGCAGUGUAACGUGAUGCGACGCAACGGAAGUUUACGGGCUGGUUACAACAUGAGAGGGGAGGUCAACAGAUUUCCUUUCAAGUUUUGUUGCCGAAUGGUAAAUUAUGAUUUUGAAUGUAAGACACUUCUGGUCGGGGGAAUUGGAACCAUCCUAAAGCUUUAUUGGUAAUUUGGAAUCCCUUUUUUAUAUCAUGAUAAUCCUAGUUUAGUUCAAUUGGUUGUUAAUGGUAGAAUAAUCAACAAUUCAGGAAUUUAUUCGAACA